AUGACUGCUCUCAAUCCCGCGCAGAGCCUUUCACCCUCGUCGCUGAUGCAGCGGGCGCUCUAUGCUGCUCUGGACUCGCUCGGCCUCAAGGUCAAAGACCUGAACGGUCUCAUUGCCGUGCCGAGUUUGGCUGAAUCGCAUUUCAUGGAAGCGCAUUACCUGGGCACCCAAGUCGGCCUUCUUCCGGGAAAGAGCGUGAUUGUUCGGACCGUCGACACUGGCGGUGCUGGCCCUGUUACAGGCUUGCUCGAGGCCCGCAGAAUGGUCGAAAACGAAGGCGUCGAUCUCGUAGCAGUAGUCGCCGGCGAUGCCGUCAAGGGCCUGUCGAGUCAAGAGUUCCUCAAGCGGGCCGACCAGUCGUGCUCCCACCCUGCUGCUGAACUACCCUCGCCUGUGAUUCCAAAUGGCUACGACCGGAUUGCUCGUUUCCAGAUGUCUAAAUAUGGCGUAACCCGCGACCAACUUGCCAGCUGUUCGGCGCUCAUGUCGAUCAUGGCCUCACGCCAUCCCUUUGCUCUCACCAAGAAGCCUCGCACCAUCGCCGACAUCCUUGCUGCCACAUCCGUCGCCCCAGUGACUUCCGUCCUGGAGUGUGCCCGCCGAGCCGAUGGCGGUGCAGCCAUCCUCGUUGCGUCAUCGCAGUUCCUUGCCAAGCGUGGCCUUCCGCGCGAUACGGGCGUCGUCAUCAUCGGCGGCGGCGAGGCCUCGGGCCCGCUGUAUCCACCCAAGGAAAUCGACACUAUCUCGGAGGAAAUGUUUUCGUGUGAAGAAGCGGCGGGCGUGGCCUACGAAGAGGCCCAGCUCGGCGUCCGCGACAUUGAUUUUUUCGGUCUCUAUGAUUGCUUCCCGAUCUGCCUGAUUCGAGCGGUUGAGGCGGUGGGGUUGGCCGAGAAGGGCCUUGGUGGUGUCUUUAUCGAGGAGAAGUAUCGCGAGAUUGCCGCUCGCGCAGCAGUCGACCCCGAGUUCCGCCCACAGGAUAUAUUCCCCGUCAACACUCACGGCGGUCUACUGGCUUUUGGUGCGCCCUGGGAGGUGCCUGCCAUGUACAACAUCAUCGAGGCAUUCCAUCAACUCACCAACUCGGCUGGCAAGCGCCAGGUCAAGGACGCUCGGCGGGCACUCGUUUACGGCAACGGCGGUAUCUUUUCGGCCUCGGCCGUGGCCAUCCUGGGAAAGGGAAAGUACUAG